UUGAGGAAAAAUAAAUAUAAGACCCUGUCUUAUUUUCGGGGAAACACGGUAGUAGGGAAUAAUAAAAAUGAUUGAACAGAAGCAGUAAGGUUUUCAAAGAGAGUCCAGAUUGAGCUGAAAGCGUUAUGGGGAUAUAUUUUAUGCACAUUGGAACGAAUUAAACUUUUUAUUUCAUCUUUUGCCCUCUAGUAGUAAAGAAAAAUUAUGAGAUUGACUAUUUGAUUGGCUUAUCAUUUGAGGCCAGCAGAAAUAUGUGGAUUACAUAGUGGCUCUUUGACGUAAGAAAAGUCAUCUGAAAAGUCGAACAAAUACAAUGAACGACUAGCUCUCCAAUUCUCUGAAUUUGAAAUGAAAUGUCACCUGAGUCCUUGCUCAGUGGACACAGUGGAAGAGUGGACUGCAUCUUCGUGGAUCUUGCGCUGAGCACACUGAAGCAUAACCUUUCUGCCUGUCACAGCCAGGGGCUGGUGGAGUGCAGGAACGGACAGUGUGUCCCCAGCGCCUUCCAGUGUGACGGAGACGAGGACUGCAAGGACGGGAGUGACGAGGAAAACUGCAGCAACAGUCAGACCCCAUGUCAGGAAGGAGACCAAAGAUGCCUCCACAGCUCCUGCCUUGAUUCGUGUGGUGGCAGCUCUCUCUGUGAGCGGAACAACAGUCUGAACAACUGUAGUAAGUGCCACAGCUGACAGGUGCAGUCCCCCUG